AUGGUAUCUAGAGGCCCCGAUGAAUGGCUUGAAACUAUCAAGAAAUGUCAGGCGCUGACUGAAAAUGAAAUGAAACAACUAUGUGAGAUGGUGAAAGAACUGUUGAUGGAGGAAAGUAACAUUCAGCCCGUUCAAACACCCGUCACGGUAUGCGGUGACAUUCACGGCCAAUUUCACGACCUGUUAGAGCUAUUCCGCACAGCAGGUGGCUUCCCUGACGAUAUAAACUACAUUUUUUUGGGCGAUUACGUGGAUCGUGGUUACUAUAGUUUGGAAACUUUUACACUUUUAAUGUGUCUAAAAGUCAAGUACCCAGCAAAGAUAACUUUGGUUAGAGGAAACCAUGAGUCUAGACAAAUUACUCAAGUUUAUGGGUUCUACGAAGAAUGUCUGAAUAAAUAUGGAUCUACCACCGUAUGGAAAUACUGUUGUCAAGUCUUUGAUUUUUUGACGCUGGCCGCUAUCAUCGACGGUAAGAUCUUAUGUGUGCACGGUGGGCUGUCUCCCGAGAUUAGAAUGCUCGACCAAAUCAGAGUCUUGUCGAGAGCUCAAGAAGUGCCCCAUGAGGGUGGGUUCUCGGACCUGCUUUGGUCAGACCCGGACAAUGUAGAAGCCUGGCAAGUUUCUCCUCGUGGUGCAGGAUGGCUUUUCGGAAGCAAAGUUGCCAGAGAAUUCAACCAUGUCAAUGGACUGAACCUCAUUGCCCGGGCUCACCAAUUGGUGAUGGAAGGAUUUAAAUAUCAUUUCCCUGAAAAGGACGUCGUCACCGUGUGGUCCGCGCCAAACUACUGUUACAGAUGCGGUAAUGUCGCAAGCGUAAUGAAGGUAGAUGAGGAUUUGGAACCCACUUUCAAAAUCUUUUCUGCUGUUCCUGAUGAUUACAUAAGAGAGUCAACAGCAAAUCACAAUAACCAAAGAGCUGGCUAUUUCUUGUAA